AUGAACUACGCAUCAUGGAUCGAAGAAAAGAACCUAAAGGUAAAGGCCAAGCCGGGGCAGACUUGCUGCCUAAGAUAAUGCCACCAACGGUCGACGCUUACCCCGGUUUUCAGAAAACCUUCAUCUGCGCCACGCUGGCCUCGACCCUUGUGGGCACCUUCACGGCGUCCAUGGGACUCUGGGAACGUGUCCAUGAUCGUAGAGAAGCGCACAAACAGAAGCAGACAGACAGCAAACAGGACGGCGAGAUCAAGCAACUGCGCGAGCAGUUUGAGGCGGCGCAGAAGAAAGGUCAGGAGAGGCAGGAGGAGAUCGACCGUCUGCGAAGUGGCGGCGGCGGGCGCGGCGGGGGUGGUGGUGGUGGAGGUGGUGGAAGAGGGGGUGGCUACCGCGAUGAUGUUGGCGAAAGCUUUGAGAAGAACGGCAUGAUGAUCCAGAGAAUGUACGACGACAUGUACGGCAAGAUGGGCAACCGCUUUGCAAGAGGAGACGCCAUAACCGAGAACCAAUUGCAAGCGCAAAUCAUCGCCCUCCAACAGACUGUCAUAACCGUUCUCCAAGACGCUCUCUACAACGAUCGCCAGCUCACCCGCUCUGACAUGGCCAAGCUGGUAGCCGCCUCGAACUCGGCCCGCGAGGGCUCUCUCAGGGCACUCCAAGAUCAACAGCAGCGCCUCUCUUCCCACAGCUCGAACCGCUCUCCUUCCCCACAACGCUCCAUCGCCGCCCCGCCAAAGCGCUCCUCGACAAGCCUGGUCGACGCAUCGGACCAGCUCUUUUGCCGCUACAGCCUAGAUCUGCAAUAUGUACCCAACAAGCCUCUCGCUGCCUCCAUGGCACCUGGCGGUAGCUGCGAGUGCCCCGCCUGUGGGAUCCGGCUCGAUGUCACGGGCGAGGAUUUCUGGAUGAUAGGGAAACGCACACCCCUCACCAUCAUCGAGAAGGGGUACGAGACCGACAUAAUGGAGACGCGGGAAUUUUGUCUUGGGCAACGGUUUGCGGUCAAGUGCCACACACCCGAUGGCGAGUAUGCGUGUGUGAUUUGUAGUAAGAAUAGGGACGUGGAUGCGAUUUGUCGCAACGUGGAGAGCCUGGUCAAGCACGUGGGCACGUACCAUGAGGUUGAGGAGUUGGAGCGUGAGGUCGAUUUGAGAGAGACGGUGGUUGUGGACAAAAGAAGGCUAUCUCUGCCAGCGCCCCCCAGGGAGGGAAGCCUGCUGAUCAGAGAGAGGGAUGUAGUCGACAUGAGGGGCUAUCGGUGA